CCGAGCUGGGGACGCAGCACAUGAUGCUUGUCAGUGUUGCAGGACAAUCUGCCUGCCACCCUAGUCGCUCUUGAUAGGUUGGUACGGCAGAAAGUUCCAAUAUAGGUAGUUUAGUGUUGCCCAGGCUUUGCAGCGGAGGAUCCACUAAAGGUGGAAUCAAUCCUUCAACAAGCACCAGCUUCUUCCAGAAGACCCGCCAAUCUUAUAUGUCAAGUGUAGACUGUCGAUAGAAAUGGUGAUCUUUGCAAGAUCAGCAGGAGUGGUGCUUCGAAGAACUCAAGAUCUGCCUUCGGUGCUGCAGUUGAUCAGCGCAGCAACUUCUAUUCCCUCCAAGCUUGCAUGUUGUCUCGAUUCUUCCAAGAAGAGCACGCAGCCAUGUGAGAGGGACGUGUAUCUGGAGGAGGGUGCAGGUUUUUCCAACACAGGCAUAUACGACAACCUAGUCUUUUCCGGCAGCCAGUUGCCACCCAGUAGCGGUGUUCCUUUAUGGGCGCAGCGAUCUGGUUGGUACUCGUCAAGUAAGCUGCUGUUGAGUAUUAACAGGAGCUUCUUCUCAUCCAGCUCUGCAGCCUCUGCGGAGGGAGCAGACCGGGUGCGGAGCGACACGCCGCAACAACCCCAGCCAGUGUCUUGGCGAGAUUUUGAGGACAUUGGCAUCUGGACUGUUGACGAAGAUGCCUCCCCAGCCAAGCACCGAGCCGAUGGGCCCUCUGCCCUGCAUCACUCAUCGCACCCGCCUGACCGACCAGCUGAUAGCCGAGGAGCCACGGCGCCUGGGGGGCGCAGAGCUGAGACAGUCGCAGACGGGGGGAUCAGGUCGUCCAGCGGCGGCUUUCUCCACGUUUCCGAAUAUGGGGAUGAAGAGGAGGCAACCACCUCAAGUUCUCACUCUGACAACGCUACGAGCAUUUGGAGUCGGAACGCGGAGUCGGCCACCACUUCGUGGAGGGACUUUGAGGACAUGGGCGAAUGGGUGGUGGACAAAGCGGAGGACGACACGGACGCUGCCAUCCACACACAGCAGGGCAGGGCAAAGGGGACCCCCAACGCAGCAGCGGGGCUCGCUCGGCCCCCCAAGCUUACGCCGAAGGAGCGGAAAAAGAGGAAGAAGCAGAUCAAGGCAGGGGAGUUUGUGCUGCCCAGGUUCAAGGGGCCCUAUUUCACGGAGGAAGAGAAGAAGCUGUCGUACUUCGACCUGUGCCAGCUGCCCAGCCUGCGCGGCGUGGCGGAGGUGCCCGACUUCCUGCGGCUGUCCGACGAGGACCUGCUGGCGCAGUGCGACGUGCAGACGGGGCGCGGCACCGGGGGGCACAAGGGCCACGGGCGGCCCAGCAGUGUGCUGCUGAAGCACCGGCCCACGGGGCUGGCCACCGGCUGCGACAAGACACGGUCCGUGUACGGCAACAAGAUGAAGGCACUCGAUAAACUGCAGGAAAUGAUUGCACUCAAAGUCCGCCGGCGGAUCCCCGAGGGGCCGUACGUGCCCCCACGGCGGGUGCGGUACAUGAUGCCUGCCGAGGACCUGCACCCGGACUGGGCGCUCAGCAAGCACGUCAGAAUUGGAUUCAAGACGUCACCAUUUGUCAAAGGGUGCCAGGUGCUGCUCGACCUGCUCGUGUCCUGCGACGGCGACUUUGGCGUGGCGGCGGAAAAGAUGCGCAUGACCGAGCAGCGCUUCCGCCGUCUGCUGAACCAGAACAUCCACGUCAAGCACUACGUCAAGCUGUACAAGGACUUCAAGAGGCAACGGUUUGUGCUGGACUACGAGGCGGGUCUCAUAAAACCAGAGCAGUUGCAAGGGCCGGCUGAUGGCACUGAAGCGAAGCACAAGGACGGCGGCCAAGCAUGACAACGGGAAAGCUCGGAGGACACGUGUCGACAGCGAUAACGGUGACCCUGAGGACCAGGCGGCGGGCCUGGAUGUGUCGAGCAUUUUGCGCGGACACGAAACCAUCCGACAGCAACCACGCUGCCUGUCAUGCGCUGUCAAGCAAUGCAUGCAACAAAAAUGAGUUAAAAGCUUUGAGCCUUCACGGGUGAAUUCUUCUUGAGCAGACUAACAACAUUGAUCUAAUAUGACGAAGUUAUGUCGCUGUCAAAUUUAGGUCAGCCCGUCUUUAUGGUCGUUUCCUGGUCGUCAACGCCCUUGGCCAUGUUAGAAGCAUGGGGCAAUCAGGAUUCGGGUGCGACUGGUAGAGCGUAUCUUUUGAUUGCAAGGUGACUCUUUAGCUCGCUGAAUAUUUCGGUGAAUCCUGUACAAUACAAAGGUCUAUCGAUCAUCGUGGUUCCC